GUGGAUUCGUUCCUGGCAACGGCAAAGCCCCCAAGCACAGAACCCCCGUAGUCUUCAUGGUGACCAACAGCUGUCCAAUCAACGAGAACAGAGUUUGGUGUGGCCAGAGCGGAAAGCCUGGAACAAACAGAGUCAACGACCACGGCUACGAGGCUCAUUUCGACCUGCAGAACAACAAAGGUCAAGUUCUCAACGGUCUGGGCUGGGACAACGCCGAGGUCACUCUCCCCGCAGCCUGUGCCGUGGCAGAGCAGAAAUGUCACAGGAACAGCCAAGGCGUGAGGGUAUACAACGGCAAGAAGUGUGCCAGCACCACGAGGUAUAACGACGGGCACAGAGGAUCGUGUGGCUGCGGGCCUUCCAACAGUGACACUCCUUUCGACUGGAACUUGUCCAAAUACGUGACCGCCCCCAACCAGAUGUACUACGACAACGGCGGAUAUAGUUCUUGGUGUGGCAGGAAUUGUGGGAAAUGUGUCAAGCUUACUCCCACCG